GUCCGGCAUUGGCUGACCGGCCCCGCAUGCCCUCGCACUAACUGAGCCGCCUCCGCCGCCGCCGCCGGUUGUACAUACAUAGACGACACGGAGGAACUCGCCGGAGAGGAAUUUUAGCCUCGGCGAGCGCGAAGGCGUGGUCUCUGUGUAAACUCUAGGUUCUCUAAAUUUUUUCUUUUGCUUUUUGGGUGGUUUUUGGAGCGGGUUUCACGGACGCGGCGGCGGCGGCGAUGGGAGUGGCGGACUUCUCGGUGCUGGGUGCGGUGCACAAGUUCAGAUCCCUCAUCGCCGGCCCCACGCCCUCCACCGCCACCGCCGACGAAGACGCCAUCCGCCGGACGAGCGGGCCGCCGUCGCCCGCGACCCCGACGAGGUCCGCGUCCCCCGUCGACAUGCCACCGCUCCCCGCGAGAUCCGGGGGCAGGCGCGCCAUCGCCCUGCGCCGCCAGAUCUCCUCGCCACAGCUGCUCCGCUGCCACGCCGUCAGGCGAGGCGAUGGCGAGGAUGACGAUGAGCCCGGGGUUCAGUUUUUCACCCCUGGGAAUGACUACUUACAUGACUUUUCAGAUACAGACUCUCUUAGUGUCAGUACUCCUAACGGGAUCAUCAGGUCCUUGACACCAAGCCCUUUGGAAAGCCCGACUUGGAUGGUGGGGCAGAACGACGCCUCGCCGACAUCCAAGAGGGACGAACGCCUGAGCCUGGAUUCUCUUGGCUGUGAUACGAAGCCUUAUGGCGGCGUCACAGACAGGAGUCAAGGUGAAAUGACUCGUUCCCCUGUUGAUUUUGAUGCCAAUAUUUGGCUCCCACCACCGCCGGAAGAUGAGGGUGAUGAUGCUGAAUCGAGAUUAUUUGGGUUCGAUGAUGAGGAUGAUGAGGCUGGAGACUCGGGCAAGCUUCUUGGUCUUGGUAGCUUUAGCACUAACAAAAUAGCUGGUGUUCAGACAAUCACAGACAUAGCUCACAAAGAGGGUCUGAGGAAUGCUGUAUUAGGGCAUUUCCGGGCUCUUGUGGCUCAAUUGCUUAAGGGGGAAUGUGUCGAUCUGGAAAAUGGCAAUAGAUCCAAAAGUUGGCUUGAAAUAGUGUCCUCCUUAGCUUGGCUAGCUGCUGGGUAUGUGAGACCAGAUACCAAAAAAGGUGGCAGCAUGGAUCCUACUGAUUAUGUGAAAGUCAAAUGUUUAGCAUCAGGGGAUCCAAGUGAUAGCAAUCUUGUUAGAGGAGUUGUUUGCUCUAAGAAUGUAAAACACAAACGCAUGAUCUCUGAGCAUGUGAAUGCGAAAUUGCUCAUUUUAGGGGGGGCACUUGAGUAUCAGAAGGUUACAAACAAACUAGCAUCCAUUGAUACUAUACUUGAACAGGAAAAGGAGCACCUGAGGGCAAUUGUUGCAAAGAUUGAGUCUCGGCGACCAAAUGUGCUGCUAGUUGAGAAAAGUGUCUCAUCUUAUGCUCAGGAACUAUUGGCAAAAGAUAUUUCUUUAGUUCUAAAUAUUAAGAGACCACUUUUGGAUAGAAUAUCAAGAUGCUCAGGGGCACAAAUUGCCUCGUCAAUUGAUAAUAUCGCUUCAGCAAGACUAGGUCAAUGCGAAUUGUUCAAGGUGCAGAAAGUUCCAGAAUUCUUGUCAGGAAAAUUGACGAACAGGCGGUCAAUGAAGACCCUAAUGUUCUUUGAAGGCUGCCCGAGGCGUUUAGGUUGCACGGUUCUACUGAGAGGAUCCUGUCGAGAGGAACUAAAGAAAAUUAAGCGUGUUGUGCAACUUGCAGUGUUUGCAGCUUAUCACCUCUCUCUUGAAACAUCAUUCUUUGCUGAUGAAGGUGCGACUCUUCCCAGAAUACCUUCAAGGCCGAUGAUAGUGGUAACUGAUGUUCAAAGUGACCCAAGUCACGAUUUUGCUGGAUCUGCUGGUGUUGGUAUUCCUUAUGAACUUAAACCUGUACAAGGCAAAUAUUCAGAAACUACUGCAGUCAAUGAUAUGUUUGAGGAAAAAUCUGCAUCACCUAGAUCAUUAUCAUUGAAUGAGGAAGGACAGGGGGUUAUCUCUGAGCAUAGGGAAUCUAAAAUUCAUGUUGAUCAUAUGAACUGUAAUGAUCAUUAUUCAUCCCAUGCAACUGAUUCAUGCAAAGGUCAUAAAAUAUUUCCAUGUUCCUUGGAUCAUGACUCUAGAACUUCAGAUAUUGUGAUGCAAUAUCAGUAUGUGAAUGAAUCGAGACAGCUUCCCAUUACGAAUGAUGCCUGUCAAGGCAUGGUUUCAGGAAAGAAAUAUCAGGAGGUAGACCACUAUGGUCCCAAACCACAUGAUGACUAUCUGACAGGAGAUGCAGAUGGCCCCAAUAAGCUUUCCGGUGAAUAUUUUCCUGCUACUGACAACCAUCAGAGCAUCUUAGUUUCCCUUUCAAGCACUUGUAUCCCCAAAAGCAUGCUAUGUGAGCGUUCUCAGCUCUUCCGCAUCAAGUUUUAUGGUAGCUUUGAUAAGCCACUUGGGAGGUACCUCAGGGAAGACUUGUUUGAUCAGGCAUAUUGCUGCCCAUCAUGCAAAGAGCCAUCAGAAUCACAUAUCAGGUGCUAUACUCAUCAGCAUGGGAGUUUAACAAUUAGUGUUAGGCGACUUCUGUCUCAAAAGUUGCCAGGUGAACGUGAUGGGAGGAUAUGGAUGUGGCAUAGAUGCCUCAAAUGUGAACCUAAGGAUGGUGUACCACCUGCUACACGGAGGGUAAUUAUGUCAGAUGCUGCUUGGGGCCUGUCAUUUGGUAAGUUCCUGGAGCUAAGCUUUUCUAAUCAUGCUACGGCUAACCGAAUUGCAAGCUGUGGUCAUUCUCUCCAGAGGGACUGCCUUCGUUUCUAUGGGUACGGAAACAUGGUUGCUUUCUUCAGAUAUUCUCCUGUUGAUAUUCUCUCAGUUAACCUUCCCCCCUCAGUACUGGGUUUCAACUGCCACAGUCAACAAGAUUGGAUGAGAAGGAUGGCCCAUGAGAUAUAUGAAAAAAUGGAAUCCUUACAUUCAGAGGUGUAUGGUUUUCUUCAUCGUAAUGAAAGUACUAUUACAUCUGAGGAUGAACCGGUGAAGACUGGUGUUCAAAGGCAGAUAAUAGAGAUGAAAGAUUUGCUUAAAAUGGAAAGAAAUGGAUAUGAGAUCCUGUUGUUGCCUGUUAUUACAGAUAACAGCCAUUCUGUGCAAAUCUCAAUUGAUAUUCUGGAGCUCAACCGUUUGAGACGUUGUCUUCUCCUUGAUGCUUAUAUUUGGGAUCAGAGGCUAUGUUACAUAGAUUCACUUCUUAAAAAAGACGGUCAUGAUUCAAAUCCCUCUAAUCCUGAUAAUUUCUUAGAUGUCAGACUGAAGGAGUGGAAAACUGACUUGCUUGAGGGGGAUACGAAAAUAGGAAAAUCCACAAAUUUGUCACAAUCUUCAGGAAGUCCAAGAAAAUCCCUGCUCUCUAGAGAAGGUUGCCUGAAUGAUACAGAAUACAGGAUGGGUGAGACAAAUUCACAGAUUGAUUUUGUCUAUCAUUCUAUAGAUGAUUCAGAAGAUCUGGACAAGGUCUUCAGUAGAUUCAAUGGAGAGAAAGAGCAGUCAAUUACUAAAGCUACUACAGGUAUGGAACCUGCUGAAAGGUUACCCUCACUUGCAUCUAUUAUUUCAGAUAAGAUUGAUUUGGCAUGGACUGGUUCUAGUGAGUUAUAUGACUUUCCACAAGAUUGCACCAAAAUUGAUGAGCAUGGAUCCUUUAGUUUUCCGGACAAUCUGAGUUGUGGCAACGCAGCAACCCCAGUCAGAAUUCACUCAUUUGAUUCUAAACUUGUUUUACGUCAGCGAGAACGCAAUGGACUGGCCCCUACUUCGUUACAUCUGUCAUCAUUCAGAUCUGCUGAAUACUUUGGGGAUUUGUCAAGCAUCAUGAAAGAUCCAUUACCAAACAUUAGGAGGGCUUGUUCUCAAAGGUCUCCUGGGGCAGUAGAGAAAUUAAAUGUUGUUCUUACCCGUACACUUACAUAUGUCUCACCCACUUCACAUAUGAUUGAUGAUGGGGCACGGCUGCUGUUGCCCCAGAUUGGCUAUGAAGAUGAUGCUGUCAUUGCAGUCUAUGAUGAUGAGCCCACCAGUAUUGUGUCCUACGCAAUGACUUCACAAGAAUAUGUUCAGCAAGUCACACGCAAACCGAAUUCAAGUUUGAGUUUUUUACACCUACCAAAUACCAUUGACAGCAGCCAUGGACUUGACGGGGCCAUGCUCUCACAAGAAGACCAUUUGGAUUCUAAGGGAACUCACUUUAAGUUCUCCUUUGAUGAUGAAUCACCACUUUCUGAAGAUAAAGCAAAGUUCUCUGUUAUUUGUUAUUUUGCAAAGCAUUUUGCUGCACUUAGAAAGAAAUGUUGUCCGAAGGAUAUUGAUUUCAUCCGUUCACUUAGCCGCUGCAAGAGAUGGAAUGCACAAGGUGGAAAAAGCAAUGUUUACUUUGCAAAGACAUUGGAUGAGAGAUUCAUAAUCAAACAAGUCACAAGGACAGAGCUUGAAUCGUUUGUAGAGUUUGCUCCUCAGUACUUCAGAUAUUUGAUGGAAUCCUUGACUUCAGGUAGCCCAACUUGCCUGGCCAAAAUAGUAGGGCUGUAUCAGGUUAAUAUCAAGGGUUUGAAAGGUGGUAGGGAAGUAAAGAUGGACCUCAUGGUGAUGGAGAAUCUUUUCUUUGAAAGGAAGAUAUCUAGAGUCUAUGAUCUAAAGGGUUCAUUGCGCUCACGCUAUACAUCCAGUGAGAGUAAAGUCCUCUUAGAUUCAAACCUCGUAGAGACAUUGCAUACAAAGCCAUUAUUUUUAGGGAGCAAGGCAAAACGAAGAUUGGAAAGAGCUAUCUGGAAUGAUACUUCUUUUCUCGCGACAGCAGAUGUCAUGGACUACUCCCUACUUGUUGGAAUCGACGAGGAGAAGAAAGAGCUUGUCAUUGGCAUCAUAGACUACUUGCGUCAGUACACCUGGGACAAGCAGCUCGAGACCUGGGUGAAGGCUUCAGGCAUCCUGGGAGGCCCCAAGAACGAGUCCCCGACCAUCAUAUCUCCGAUGCAGUACAAGAAGAGGUUCAGGAAAGCCAUGUCCAAGUACUUCCUCACCGUCCCAGACCAGUGGUCCACUUGACAGCAGCUAACCUGUUCAUUUUUUUCCCACUGUAACCCAGUGGUCAGAAGCAUCACCACCACAGUAGAUUUCAAGUAAAAGGUUCUGUCCAAGAUUCAUAACCCAUUUUUUUCUGUCCCUGUCGCCAUAAGUUUAGUCGAUUCAAUUUGUAUCCCACUUGUAUCAGGUUGUAGUCAGUGUCAAUAGAUAGGAAGGAUCACCUCUGGCACUGGAUACCAAGCAUGGUUAUUUUUGCUGUGUCCAGCCACAUAGAAAGGAGAGGCUUGAUCCAUGUACAUUAUGACCCAUCCCACAUAGUUAACAUGAAAAUUUGUCAGAAAAUAUUUUUU